AUGGCAGACCGCGGCCGGAGAGGCGGACGCGGCCGGGGCGGAGACCGGGGCGGCUACUCUGACCGGGGCGGCCGCGGAGGCUAUCGCGGCCGCGGCGACGGUGACCGCGGAGGCUAUCGCGGUCGCGGGGGCCGGCCGCGCGACACGACGACUGAACUGGCCUACAACGUCAAUGGAUCCUUCCCGCCGCCCGACCCUGCCGUCACGGCCCUCGAGGACCGCCUCAUCAAGACGCAGGCGUCGUCGGCCGCCGGCCUCGCUGCGCAGAUGGCAAAGGCCAACAUCCAGGCGGCCCCCCUCCAGGCCCGGUCCACCGACGUGUUUCCGCUGCGGCCGGCCUUUGGCACAAACGGCCAGCCCGUGACGCUGUGGUCCAACUACUUCAACGUCAACUUCAAGCCCAUGGUGCUGUACAAGUACACGUUUGAGUUUGUCCAGGUCGGCUCCGAGACGUCGUCGGGCGAGCCGUCCAAGUCGGUCAAGGCCGCGAGCCGCGAGGUCAAGGGCCGCAAGCUCUACUUUGCCGUGCGCGAGCUGCUCGCCACCCUCAAGGCCGCCGACAAGACGCUGGUGCUUGCCACCGAGUACAAGAGCCAGCUCGUCUCGCUCCAGAAGCUCAAGCUGGCCGAGAACCCGCUGCGGUUCCGGCUCGCCGUCGAGACCAGCGGCAACAAUUGGGACGUCAUCGAGGCCACCAUCCACGGCCCGACCGAGGCGCCCCUCGACGCCCUGCUCAAGUACGUCGGCUCCAUGAGCGAGGGCCCUGUCGACGACCUCUUCCCCAAGUACCCGGACGUCGUCGACGCCCUUAACGUCGUCCUCGGCCACGGCCCGCGCUCCAAGCUGCACGACAUCUCGGCCGUCGGCAGCGCCCGCUUCUUCCCCUUUGGCAGGGACGAGGCCGCUACCGACCUGUUCCAGGACUGGCACCAGCUCAUCGCCGCCCGCGGCUUCUUCCAGUCGGCCCGCCUCGGCACCGGCCGCCUGCUGCUCAACGCAAACGCCAUGCGAAAGAUCAAGGCCUUUGCCAAGUUCAUGCCCAAGACGCGCGUCUGGGCCGAAAUCACGCUGUCGACGGGCGAGGCGGUGCGCCGCACAAAGUCCAUCCACGCCAUCGUGAGCCAGUCGGAGCUGUCCCGCCAGAAGCCCGCCGACGGCAAGCCGCUCAAGUUUGCGCCCAACUACGAGUAUCCGGGGCCCAAGCAGGUGCAGUUCUUCCUCAACGACGGCAAAGGCGGCGGCCAGUACAUUCCAGUACAAGAAAACGCUCAGGACUACCCGCUGGUCAACCUCGGCCGCUCCGACAAGCCGACGCUGUUCCCUGCCGAGGUCAUCGAGAUCCAGCCGGGCCAGUCGGUCAAGGCGCGCCUCACCAUGAACGAGACAACGGCCAUGCUGGACGUGGCAUGCCGCUCGCCCUACUCCAACGCGACGUCCAUCAGCGCCGACGGCCGCAAGACGCUCGGGCUCGACGACAACAGCCUCAGGCCCUUUGGCAUCUCGGUCGACAAGAGCCUCCUCACGGUCCGCGGCCGGGUGCUCAACGUGCCCAUGAUCAGCUACCUCAACAAUCAGCAGAAGCGGUCCGACGUGUCGCCCUUCAACGGCAGCUGGAACAUGCGCAACGUGCGCGUGGUCAAACCCGGGGCCAUGAUUGAUCGCUGGACCUUUCUCAACGUCAUGAAGCGCAGCGACAGCCCCAUCAUCGAGGUGUCGGCCAUGAAGGACUUUGCCAAGUUCCUGGGCAGCAACAUGGGCAUCCGCAUCAAGGACUCGCCCCAGGUGCCGGGCGACGGCAAGAUGUUUACGAGCUGGGAGCGGGCCAUGGGCGACGGGCUCGAAAACUUCUUCACGUGGGCCAAGAACAGCCGGAUCCAGUACGUCUUCUUUGUCCUCACGGAAAAGGACAGCCAGGGCCUGUACUCGAAGAUCAAGAGCCUCGGCGACUGCACCUUUGGCAUCCACACGAGCGUCGUCACGUCCAAGCACCUGCUCAAGCCCAACAACUUCAUGUACUACGCCAACGUCGGCCUCAAGGUCAACCUCAAGGCCGGCGGCGUCAACCACCGGCUACGCGAGGACGUGGGCUUGCUCAAGGAGGGCAAGACCAUGGUGGCCGGCUACGACGUGACGCACCCGACCAACAUGACGACGGCCCGCGACGCGUGCGAGGCGCCCAGCCUGGUCGGGCUCGUGGCCAGCAUCGACAAGGACCUGGCCCAGUGGCCGGCCUGCUCGUGGGAGCAGCCGUCCAAGCAGGAGAUGCUGAGCGCACACCUCGUCGACGCCUUCAAGUCGCGCCUCGAGCUGUGGCAGAAGCACAACCAGAGCGCCCUGCCCGACAACAUCGUCAUCUUCCGCGACGGCGUGUCCGAGGGCCAGUUCUCGCAGGUGCUCGAGCUGGAGCUGCCGUCGAUCCGCCAGGCCUGCCGCGCCAAGUAUCCGGCCAAGGCGUCGCCGCCGCGCCUGACCAUUAUCGUCUCGGUCAAGCGCCACCAGACGCGCUUCUUCCCGACCAGCAGCGACGUCAUGUCCGACUCGGGCAACAUCCGCAACGGCACCGUCGUCGACCGCGGCGUCACCCAGGCCCGCUACUGGGACUUCUUCCUGACGGCCCACCACGCCCUCAAGGGCACCGCCCGCCCGGCCCACUACACCGUCAUCCUCGACGAGAUCUUUCGCCAAAGUACAAGGCCACGGCCGCCAACGAGCUCGAGCGCCUCACCCACGAGCUGUGCUACCUGUACGGCCGCGCCACAGGCCGUCAGCAUCUGCCCGCCCGCCUACUACGCCGACAUUGUGUGCGAGCGCGCCCGCGCCCACCGGCCCGAGAUCUUCGAGGCGAGCGACACCGACAGCGUCUCCACCACCGGCAAGACCGCGCCCGCCGCGAGCCGCCAGGUCCACGAGACGCUGCAGGACACCAUGUACUACAUCUAG